UCUCUUCGUCUCCACCAGCACCACACUUUAUCCGUUCUUUUUUCGAUUGAGAAGAGAAACAAAACAAAACAACAAGAUGAUGAGAUUCUUGUCUUGUGGACGAAGCGCGUUGUUUUCACGGCCAAUGGAGGGAGAGUGAGUGAUAGGUUAGGUUCGUUCUGAGCCACAACAUAUCAGUUGUACCUUCUCGAAAUUUCCAUCACAUUAAAAUAAUAAUAAUCCAACGUGGCACUUAUCGGCUAUUUAACAAAACUGCUCUUUCUAGUACCUUCUCCUUCUCUUCACUCGUCUCCUCUUCUCACUAUUCAUUUUGUUUUUUUUCUUCUCGGGAAAAAAUCUUGCUGUUUGCGGGAAUUUGAUUUCUCGAGAAAAGGGAAAAAGAAGGAUCAGAAGAUUAUCUCAUCUUAUCUAUACACUGUUCGGCGUGGCAGAGAGGCUGGAAUUGUGAUAUUAGCAGCUUAUCAUAAUAUUUACCUUAAUGGCCGCUGAGGCUGAUGUUCGAAGUGAGGAGCUAAGCAGCAAUGUUGAAAAUGGAAUUUGCAAUUCCAAUGAAGGAACUAAUCCUGAAACCACCAGUCAUUGGCUUGAAAACGUUGUCAAGGUUAGGAAACCGUACACAGUAACUAAGCAGAGAGAGAAGUGGACUGAGGAAGAGCAUGAGAGGUUUCUUGAAGCCAUUAAGCUUUAUGGUCGUGGUUGGCGUCAAAUUGAAGAACACAUAGGUACGAAAACAGCUGUACAGAUACGAAGCCAUGCUCAAAAGUUUUUCUCCAAGAUGGCUCAGGAAGCUGAUAACAGAAGUGAAAGAUCGAAUAAAGCAAUUGUGAUCCCGCCUCCUCGUCCAAAGAGAAAACCGGCUCAUCCUUAUCCUCGGAAAUCGCCUAUUCCAUUUUCUCAGUCUCCUCCAUCAAACAUGUCAGCUAUGGAGAAAGGAACAAAGUCUCCAACUUCAGUGCUAUCAUCAUUUGCUUCUGAGGAUCAAAACAACAGAUGCUCGUCGCCUAACUCUUGCACAAGUGACUUUCAAUCCAUUGGUGGAACUUCCAUUACUAAAACGAAUGACUACGCAACUUCCAAGCAAUCCCUCAAAGAGGAUGCUACACCCAUGUCAAGCAUUGUGCUUUUCGGCAAGAUUGUUCUUGUUCCGGAAAAAUCUCACAAACCACCCUCUUACACAGAUGAUGAUGAUCGUAAAUCAAUGACAGGGCAAGAGAAUCACUGCUCUGGGAUCAAGAAUUCGACAUUGCACAUUGGUUCGAGGCACGUUGAUACUGACUUAUCUCUUGGAAUUUGGGAAGCGUCUUGUACUGGUUCUAAUGCCUUUGGCUCGGUUACAGAAAUGUCUGAGAACUUGGAGAAGAAUGCAGAGAAACGGCUAAGCUUCUUAGAAAAACAAGGAUCCUGUAAUCCUGCAAGCGGGUUCAGGCCAUUCAAGAGAUGCCUAUCCGAAAGAGAAGUUACAUCAUCUUUGUCACUGGUAACUGCAGAAGAACAGAAAAGCCAAAGAAGAGCACGUAUAUGCUCCUAGCGCAAGUACACCCUUCUUGUACAGUUUAGAAUCGAUUUAUGAUGAUCCGCGAGAUAUUGUUUCGCCAUUGCUGGGUGACUUGGAUUAUAACACUCCAGGAACCAAAUCUAAAUUCGAAUUGGUAAGUGAAUUUACUUUUCAACCACAUGUAAUUCUUGUAAUGAAGUUUCUUCUGCUGUCUCACAUCAAGAAGACAGUUACUUUUUUCUUCAUAUACAAAUCAGUUUACAGUGUAUUUGUUUGACCACCUAUCUAUUUGUAACUCUGUUUCAAUCUAAGGUCUCCUUUAUGAA